UCCGCACCUGCAGAGCAAAACUCUUCAGUCAUCUAGGAAGAUCAGUCGGGUCCGGUUUUACCAGAACACAGCUUAAAGGCAGCACUGUUUUCAAGUAAGAGAUGUUUCGAUGUGCAUUGCUGCAGCUGAUGAUGCUGGCAGCUCUAACUCUGGCCUCUCUGGGCCUGCUGGCCUGGGCGUCGGACCUCUGCCCGGCCCGCUGCCAAUGCUCUGAGAACCAAACCACUGUUACAUGUCAUGGUAAAGGACUGAGCCAGAUACCCCCACUGCCAGCAGGAACAUUGCAGUUGUUCAUCUCGCACAACAAGAUCAAGGAGAUACCUGAACACGGGCUGAACGAACUGCAGGUCCUGGACCUCAGACAGAACCAGCUUGGUGGCUUUCUAAAACUCAACCCAGUUUGGCCCAGUAUGGCCCAGUUAACAAGACUGCUCCUUCGUGACAACGCUCUGACAUCACUGCAUUGGGGGCAGUUCCUAAACUGUCCCUCUCUUGUCUUCUUGGAUCUGAGUAAGAACCGGAUCAAGCAUCUAACAGAAGGAUUCCUCAGCGACUUAGCUAGUCUAAAGACGCUGCUUCUGAGCCACAACCAGAUCGAAACGCUGCAGGAGGGGGCGCUGGAUGGAGCCCUCGGACUCACUGAGCUCUGUCUGGACUUUAACAGUUUAAGGCAAAUAGAGGUUGGCGUCUUCAUGAAAUCCAAGAGACUGGAGAAGCUUGUUCUGUCUAACAACCAGAUCAUACAAGUUGGAGAAGCCACUUUCAGAGGAGCAGUGGGUCUUAAACAUCUUGAUCUGAGUGGUAACCGGCUGCAGGCUGUUCCAUCGGAGGCGCUGAGGGAUUUAAAGAAGCUUCAGCUUCUGAAUUUGGGGCUAAACCAUUUGUUCACCCUUCCAGCAGACGGUUUCCCCUCACUGACUCAGCUGCUUCAUCUCUGCUUGAAAAGAAACAACCUGACCAGUCUGCCGGAGAGCUCCCUCUCAGGUCUGGUUAAUCUGAGCGAGCUGGAUCUCAGUCAAAACUUUCUAUCUUCUCUUCCUGCUGAUGUUUUUAGAGACCUGGUCAACCUCAACCUUCUGGAUCUGUACAUGAACCGACUGACAGAACUUCCCCCUGAUGUUUUCAGAAACUUAAUCAAUCUGUCAGAGCUGCGGCUGGAUGGAAACAACAUCUCCACACUCCUGUCUGGGGUUUUUCACACGCUAGUCAAACUACAAGACUUAGAGUUGUCUCAUAACCACAUCCUGGAACUCCAUCCUGCCCUGUUCACCAACCUCAUGUCUCUGCAGAACCUUCAAUUGGCUCACAACCAUCUAAAGCAACUUCCUGAGGGCCUUUUUCACAAGCUGCAGGCCCUCAAAGAGCUGCACCUGGAUGAUAACCACAUCAGUUCCCUCCACCCAUCAGUCUUCCAUGGAUUAAUAAGAGCAACCACAGUGAGCCUCUCCAACAACCAGCUUUCAUCUCUACAUCCUGACCAGUUCAGGGAUCUUUCUGGGUUAAAAGAGUUAAAAUUGGACAGAAACCAGAUUGUUAAACUCCCCUCUAACUUGUUCACCACUCUUGGAAAACUUGCAACACUAGAUAUGGGCAACAAUAACCUCACUGAGCUGUCUUUCCACAGCUUUGAAGGGCUGAAGAAACUUAAAAAUCUGCGAAUGAGCUUCAAUCCGCUUCAGAGUGUUUGUCGCAAUGCCUUCAAGAACCUCGGCAAGCUCCGCACUCUUCUGCUGCAGAGCAACAGCCUGGAGAGCUUACAUCCGGAGCUCUUUGAACCACUAACAAAGCUAAAAGAACUGAACCUGGAUGGAAAUAAGCUGGCCCACCUGGAUCCUGGGGUCUUUCAAGGGCUUAAAGACCUCCAGGAGCUAAGUCUAAAGUCAAACCAGCUUAGGUCCCUGCAGAAAGAGACUCUGGACCCUCUAAAAGGAUUGAAAAGCAUCUACCUCUCAGAUAAUUUGUGGAAUUGCAAAUAUAGCAGUAUAUUCUACCUAUGCAACUGGGUCACCGUGCACAGAGAAAAAGUGAGCGAUAAGCCCGCCUGCUACUCCCCCUCCAGGACUGAGCGCCCUCCUCCCCCACAGUCACCGCGCCUCUUACUGGAUUACUGUGCUGCAGCUGCUGCACGAUGCCCUGCUUUGCUUCCUCUAGAACUGCUGAGCGUGCUCGCACCUUCUCUCAUUGCUGCCGCCUUCUGUCACCUAUGAAGUGGUCCAAACUUUCCGUACGCCCUCUUCCUUAUUUGUCUGCACUUAUCAUUAGAAUUUACAUUGCAUUGGCCAAAGAAAAAAAUCCAAAAUGUCUGUGCAAAACUAAAACUCAAUGCAGUGAUUAAGUAGUUUGUUCAACCCCUGGCAAAAAUUAUGGAAUCCCCAGCAUCGGCGGAUGUUGAUUGUUUAAUUUUUUUUAGAAAAAAAGCAGAUCACAGACAUGACACUAAAGAAAGUCAUUUCGAAUGGCAACUGUCUGGCUUUAACAGAAAUAAAAAAGAAAAUGUGGUAGUCAGUAACAGUUACUUUUUUAGACCCAGCAGAGGAAAAAAAUACUAAAUCACUCAAUUCUGAGGAAAGAAUUAUGGAAUCAUGAGAAACAAAAGUCACUCCAACACAUCAAAACACCUCUGGCUUUUAUAACGGCUUGUAGUCUUUGAGGUAUGGACUUAAUGAGUUAAAUGGUACCCUUCAUUAAUCUGGCUCCAAUUUUCUCUGAUUGCUGUUGCCAGAUCAGCUCUUUCAGGUUGGAUCCUUGUCAUGAGGCAUUUUAUUCAACUUCCACCAAAUAUUUUCAAUUGGAUUAAGAUCCAGAUUAUUCUCAGGCCAUAACAUAAACCUUAUGUGUCUUUUUUUCAAGGAAUGUUUUCACUAGUGAUGUUGUGAGAUGAGGCGAGGCUUCAAAGGGGGCGUUUCCGCGAGGUGUGUGUUGAGGCUUGUUUCAUUUGGGGGAGGAGUGAAAAUAGAUGACGUCCGAAGCCUCGCUACCCUACUGCUUCAGGAAGUGGUUCAGCUCGCCCGGAACUUCUGCAGGCAUUUAAACAGCCUCUGUGUUCAAUCAGGUGUGGGAGUUUGUAGUUGAAUAGAGUUUGGAUAUAAACUGAGAAUAGAUUGGUUGGAAAAACAACUAAUCUAGUUGAUUAAAACUAGUUUGGUUAGAUUAAACAAUGUAAUGAUCAAAAUCUGAGCGAGCCACUGGUUACAAAUGUAAUGGGUUUUAAGUAGUACCUUCCUCAAGAGUUGCCACCUUGCUAGUGGCUUUUAGCUGUAAGAGGUUGUUGCUUCAGUACUUACCUCAGACUUUUGAAAGUUGCAAUAAUACUUCACAAGUAUUUGGGCUAAAGUUACUCAUUUUUAUUGUUUUGCCCUAGUAUAAAUAUAGAUUGGGUAAAAAUACUACCAAAUUAGAAUUAGACAUCAUCAUUUGCACUUUCACUGUCUGCUUGAGCUUAUUUAACUAAAAUGGCAGAAAAACAGAGAACCUCAAAUUAUUUUUCUCUUCUAAGACAUUUUACACACAAACAAACUUACGAAACGUUUUAUUAAACAGACAAAUCAUUAUAAAUUUCAAACGAACUUAAACGGGGAAAAAAUACACGAAGAACUGCAAAAAAAUCGCAGAUUAUAUUUCUAACCGUAGUUCUGCCCUUCACCAGUAGGUGGUGACAUGUUUACAUGAAGCUUCAUGAACUGCGGGGAUCGUUGAAGCAAUUUGGCAAAACAUUUCAAUGUUUCGUGAGGCUUCACCAUCACUAUUUUUCACAGUUUUCGCUCUAUAACAAAAUGCAUCAUCAUGUUGAAAAUGACUUCAUCAUCCACAAACAUCCUUUCAACUGAUGGGAUAAGAAAAGUGUCCAAAAUCAAAUCAAAAGGUACACUUGUGCAUUUGUUGAAGAUGUAAUUACAGCCAUCUCCCCAGUGGCUUUAACUGACAUGCAGCCCCAUGGCAUCAAUGACUGUGGAAAUUUGCUUGUCCUCUUCAGGCAGUGAUCUUUAUAAGUCUAAGUGGAACGGCACCAGAAUAAAAAUGUCAGAAUCAUCCUCUUGCCCAAUGCAGAUUCCAGAUUCAUCACUGAAUACGACUUUCAUCCAGUCAUCCAUAGUCAAUGAUUGCUUUUCCUUAGCCCAUUGUAACCUCAUUUUUUUCUGUUGAGGUGUUAAUGAUGGCUUUCGUUUAGCUUUCCUUUAGGUGGUUUCUUGCAGUUCGGUCACAGACUUUGAUUCCAGUUUCCUCCCAUUCGAUCUUGUAUGUUUUGUUGUGCAUUUUUGGUUUUUUAAACAUAUUGCUUUAAGUUUUCUGCCUUCAUGCUUUGAUAUCUUCCUUGGUCUACCAGUAUGUUUGCCUUUAACAAACUUCCCAUGUUGUUUGUCCAGAUUUUAGAGACAGCUGAAUGUGAACAACCAACAUCUUUUGCAACAUUGCGUGAUGAUUUACCCUCUUUUAAGAGUUUCAUAAUCCUAUUCUGUGUUUCAACUGACAUCUCCUGCUCUAGGUGCAGCAGCUCUUCAAAGUGUGAUCCCUCCUUCUUUGAUGCAGAUUAACAAGCAGGUCCCUUUUGAUGCAGUUGUCAGUUUUGGGUAUAUAAAUUUACGGGGUAAUACCAUAAUUAUGUCCUCAGAAUUGAGUGAUUCCAUAUUUUUUUCCCUUGCUUGGUCUAAAAAAGUGACCGUUACUGACUACCACACUUUUUUUUCUUGAUUUAUUUUAGUUGUUCUUUAAGCCGGCCAUUUGCAAGGAUUUUAGU